AUCGUUCCUCCUUUGUAUGAGCCUGCCUUGCAGGUGGAAUGGGUGUUCAAGGCAUUUUUGCAGAGUUUUCCCAAUUUUUCAAACGUCCAUGUGCAGCGGGAAAUGUUUUGUGUAUACAUUUUGCCUGUUAUAAUACCUAUACGUGUAUAAUUGAUUUUCAUCGUACAAACCCCUUAAUUUAAUUAAUUUUCCACAUUAUCCAGCUUAAAAAAAAAAAACUCAUUUGUGGGACAAAGCAACUUCUUUUAGUACACCUUCCUCACUCAGAUUGUACCCAAAACCCAGAACUUUAUUUACCAACAACCCUUUUCGACAACUAGUUUCAUCACCAUCCCUAGCUAUUGUAACUAGAAUUGUGAAGAUGUCGUUUUCCAGUGAUCAAGGGGGUCAGGAUGUUCAUUUUAAGUUGUCUGAGUCCGGCGGCACUCUCGUCAUCGAGAAAGGGGAUAUCACUAAGUGGUUUGUUGAUGGCUCUUCUGAUGCUAUAGUUAAUCCAGCCAAUGAGAGGAUGCUUGGAGGUGGAGGUGCAGAUGGAGCCAUACAUAUGGCUGCAGGACCAGAACUCGUAGAAGCUUGCUAUAAAGUCCCAGAAGUCCGACGUGGAGUACGCUGUCCCACAGGAGAAGCGAGAAUUACCCCAGGGUUUAAAUUGCCUGCAUCUCAUGUGAUUCACACUGUUGGUCCCAUAUAUGAUUCUGAUAGCAACCCUGAAACCUUCCUAAAAAAUUCAUAUAAGAACAGCUUGAGUGUGGCCAAAGAGAACAAUAUUCAAUAUGUUGCUUUUACUGCCAUAUCAUGUGGUGCAUAUGGUUAUCCUUUUGAGGAAGCUGCCACUAUAGCUAUAUCUACCGUCAAAGAAUUUGCAAAUUACUUUAAAGAGGUGCACUUUGUUCUGUUCUCAGAUGAUAUCUAUAGUGUUUGGUUGAACAGGGCAAAGGAAAUGCUCUGGGUAUAGUGUGUUUUAGCAGCUAGAUUAAACCAAUCUUUUCAUCUUUGAGCAUGUAAAACUCCCAAAUUUUGUCUUAUGAGGCACUGGUGCAAGUGUCAUAUUAUAUAAUUAUUAUAUAACAUGUCAUGGUUUUCUUUGAGAGAAUGGAUUGAUGUUGGUGUUUACUCUGUGAUAUAUACAGUGACUCUGCUUGUGCAUUGUCCAUUGAA